AUGGACAAACACAAUUUUAUCGGCGACAUUGGUGAGUUCCAGUUAGAUGAAGUGAGUACGGCCUCACAGUCGCAAGAGAUGAUUAUCUCGGAGCAUGGCAUGAAGACACUGGAUUCGAUGGACAAGAACAAUCCUCGCAACUGGAGCCGAGCUCGUAAAACGCUCCUGUUUGUGUCACUGAUGAGUAGCUCGCUACUUGCUGAUGGUGGAAUGGUCUGGGGUGGUACGCUGGUGACGCCACAAGCGAUAGAAUGGGGAAUCAGCGUCACACACUCUGCAACCAGCAUGAACUAUGGCAUUUUGCUUCAGGGAUUCGGCGGGAUGUUCGCAGUGCCGUUGAUUGAGACCUACGGUCGAUAUCCUGUGUGGAUUUGGCCUCAAGCCAUAACAAUGUUCAUGGUCCUGGGUGCCACACUGUCGAAAGACUAUACAACAUUCACUGUUUUCCGCACUCUGCAGGGUCUCUUCGGGACAGUCCCACAAGUCAUCGGCCUGCCUAUUAUCCACGACAUGUAUAGUCCCGAGGAAUGGCCUCGCAUGAUCAAUAUCUGGGGCACCGCAUUCAUGGUCGGCCCAUAUCUGGCUCCCGCACUAGCAGGAUAUAUCGGCGAUGCCUCGACCUGGGUCAUCUCAUUCGCUGUGCUCACCGCGAUAUAUGCCCUGUCGACGCUGAUGGUGCUCGUCUUUGGAGCCGAGACGUACUACACGCCCGGAAAGGCUCCAAUCCCAAGAUUCGCUUCGUAUAUCGGGAACCAUAACACCGGCCUGCCCAAACGGGCAACAAUAUUGCACUGGUCCAAAGUGAUGAUUGCAUAUGUCUUCAAGUUCCCCUUGCUGAUGACUGGUAUCGCUACUCUGAUCACCUUUACGUGGCCGAUCGGCAUCGCCACUACGAUCGACGUCUUUCUGCACAGCCCACCGUACAACUUCAACACGAUCCAAGCUUCGUCGAUGCGAUUUGCAGGCGUAGUCGGUGCACUAGGAGCGCUCACGAUCAACAAACCAGGGUGGCUGGUCGGCUUCAUCUUCAACGAAUGGAUAUACAAGCGCCACAACGCAAAAUGGCGGACUGAAUAUCGCCUGCACGGGGUGUGGUUUCCUCUUUCGAGCAUGGUCUGCGGACUUCUCACCUAUGGCUUGACAAUGCACUUUGGCAAGCAUUGGAUCGGUAUUGUCUUUGGCUGGAUCAUGGUGACUUUGGGGAUGGUUGCAUCAACAGUCGCCGUGACAGCCUACGCCCUCGAGAAAUACCCCGACCAAGCCACCGUGGUCUCGGCGAUUCUGAAUAUGUGGCGCACUUCCGGCGGGUUCGCAGUCGGGUACUUUCAGACUGCAUGGAUCGCUCGCAAUGGAUUAGGUCUGGUGUUUGGGAUCCAGGCGAUUGUAGUUGGAGUCGCGGUUGUGCUUUGUAUUGUGCCGGUGUUUAUCGUGGAGAGAAAAUAUCCUCGACGCGGGUGUAUUGAGACGAGGGAAUCAUGA